AUGGAUCCCUUGAAGAAGCAGACCUCUCAGCGGCUUCCACCGCCAGCUCUAUUCCAAGGUCCACCUUCACAUAAUGCAUCAAAUAUCUCUCUUUCAAUACCACCACCCGCCUCUACACUUGCGACUCCUUCCGGCAGUCGACCUCCACCCCUCCAGCGAAACCGGUCCCGCGAUGGCGAUAGCAUAGAGAAACGCGACUUUCUCUCGCCCUUCAUGUCAAGGCGUUCGUCCAAACAUGAUGUGGAUGGUUCCGAUGCCAUCUGGCAAGAGAUGCAGAGCGCUCUGUCAGAGGUGGAAUUGAGCGCCGUGACAAGCGACCACGUCUUCGGCGAGAAACACGCCGAAGCUUUGGAAGAUCUUCGCAUGAAACAAUUGAAGCUCGCGCAGGCGUGGGCACGCAGCGAGGCAGAUGAUGAAGUUGUUGACUCCGGCCAUAACACCAUCGAGGGAGAUCGACGAGCCUCCUUAGAAGCCAAAGCUGCUGAUACUGCCGAGCAGAUCCCUGUUAAAGACCGUGUCUCACACCAUGCUCUGGAUGAGGAGACCGAAAAGGAUAUCAACUUUGCGCGAAAGCGUCGUGAAGCAAACGAUCGCUAUUUUGAUCGGGUUAACCAGGGCGUGCUGGACGUAGUUGCCAAGUUGGAGGAGGUCUCUAACGCCAUGCGCACUGUCGAGCGGGAAAGCAAGGAUAUUUGGAGCGACUCUGAUAGUGUGACAACAGAAGGGGCUGUUUCUGCCAACGCAGAAUGA